GCAGAAGCAGCACUGUUGCUGGCAAGAAACGAUCGUCCUUGUUCAACAUCUCCAGUAAAAGCCGGCGGUGAUCUAUCUAAUCAGGUGCAUCGGCGUGUGAUUCUUCGCGACUAUGGAAACCCAAUCUAUAAGGCCAGCUCCCGAACGUCACUGCUUGCUGCGCUCAGCGGCUGUAUCGAAGGGCAUGAGUCCCUGCAUAAGGCUAGCGUCCUCUAUAGAGACAUCUCUAUCAACAACCUCUUGAUCAACGAGGAUACGAAUAAUCCCUCCAGGCCUUCGUUUCUGAUUGACCUGGAUCUCACCAUCAAAGACGAUCGAGAAGGUGCGUCGGGGGCUAAACGGAAGACCGGUACGAGAGCGUUCAUGGCCAUCGGGGUGCUUCUCAGCGAACAGCACUCGUUCAUACAUGAUCUCGAGUCAUUCUUCUAGGUGCUUUUUUGGAUAUGCAUUCAUUGUGAAGGGCUAGUCGAGACUAGAGUCGUUAAAGAAUUCGAUAAGUGGAAUUACAUGGACGCUAGGGGCCUAGUGAAGGAGAAGAAAGGAGAAGUAUCUCAUGAGUAGGACUUCAUCAAGUCCGCUAAGAAUAAUUUCACUCCCUAUUAUCAGCCAUUAAUACCUUGGGUUAACCGGCUGCGGAAAGCUGUGUUUCCAAAUGGUGGGAGGUGGGAGAGGGAGGACGGAGGGCUAUAUUUUCGGAUGCGGCAGAUCCUUCAGGAAGCCCAAAAGGAUUCGAAGGUGGCCGAGUUAUAAC